AUGGCUUUCGCCACCCCCAGAGAAUGCAAUUCGUCUUGAGAAUUGGCUGUGUCUGUGCAACAAAACCGAACUCCACUCAGUCUUUUCUGCCAGCAUCUCCUCGGACGCCCCCUUUCCUAGCCACAUCACAUCGGGGCAGCACCGGGUUUAGUCUCAUCUGAAAGCAUCAUGUCACAUUUGAUAGAUGCUCGAGAUAUCCUGGCCAAGAACCUCUUCCUGGGCGUUGGACUGAGCCUGAUACAGAGACACACCCUGUGCGGCCCUUUUGUCGUUCUUUUCUUUCGUCCAUCUGUGCCCGGGCUUCUGCCGUACCCCUGCCGCUUCCUCUCAUUCGGCCUGCUAUUACUGCAAUACUACUUGCAGGUGUAUUCCUUGUGCUGGUAUGAAGAAGACAGGCCUGCGAGUCCAUCAAGCGAGUCGUACACAGGUCUACCUGAGGGAAGGACUGUGUAUGGGCCAUCACCCCAUGCUGUUUGCAUGAUGCUAUUUCAUAAAAGCUUUCGGAACGUGGCGAUACUUGUUGUACAGAUACUCCGCCAUUUCCCCUCCCCUUGUAAUCGACGGGCUCUUCCGAGAUACUAGCGAGGCGACAAUUACGGAUCAGUUUCAGCGCUGCUGCGGCAGAGAAUCGGCGAUAAAGCGGGUGCAGCGAGCGUCAUCUAGAUAUUGAUCAGGCAUCACCACCACCACUACGGAGUUUGGCAAGAUGUGAGAUCGCCAGAGUGUGCUACAC